UUUAGAAUACCAGUAUAUUAAAAAACAAUUGAGUUACAUGCAUCACCAAAGAGCCACUAACCUCUCACCAGCUACAAGUGCUGCUAACAUCCAUGUAAACAAGCAGGUGGCCAUGGCUGAAGAAGGUGGUGGCCCUCGCUUGAUGCAUGCCACCGGCAUGAAGCACCUAAUUCAGACCAUGCACCGAUGACCCCGGUCACUCCUACUCGUCUAGUUGUGUACGAAGAACCUAAUCCAGGCCGUGCAGGGGCUGACCCAACUACUACUUGAAAUAACGGGCAUCUUUAUAUAUAUAUAAACAUGUCGCACGCCGCCAGCGAACUAGAGAGGCCAGGCCACAACGGCGCCGAGUAGCAGCAGGCGGCUGGCCAGAGAUGGCCGCCUCGGCGACCCACGCCGCGGUGCUCGCCGCCGCCCUCCUCCUCCUCCCGUCCCUCCUCGCGCCCGUCGCCGUGGCGCAGCCGGCCAAGGGCGCCAAGGCGUUCUGCAUCAGCCAGUUCGCCAUCGCCAGCCAGGCGUGCUCCAUCCUGCCGCCAAGCCCUCCCGACGAGCAUCACCACCACGAUGAUGAUGACGACGACGACGACGAUGAUCACGAAGACGACGAGCGUCGCCGUGACCGCGACCGGCACCGUCGCGGCCACCGCGCGGCGGCGAUCAGCCUCUCGGCCCUGAUGGCGAGCAGUAAUGGCAGCCAGCACGGCGCUGCCGUCGUCGCCGUGAACCGCACCGGCGGGCACCACCACGGCAACCGCACCCGUGGCGGGCACGGGCGCAGGCGCGGCCGGGGACGCGGCCGCCUGCGGGACGGCGACGACCAGCACGACACGGACGAUCCCGACCACGACGAUGACCACAGCGGCGACGAUGACCACAGCGGCGAUGACGACCACCACGACGCCGACGACCCCGAUCACGACGACGAGCAUGAGGACGACGACGACGACGACGCCCACCACCACGACACCGACGACCCCGACCACGACGAUGACCACGACGAUGAAGACGAUGACGACGACGACGACGACGAUGACGACGACCACCACGACGAGGAGCUCCGGGCGUACCGCGACUGCUGCCGGUGGCUCAAGGAGGUGCAGAAGGACUGCGUCUGCGAGGCGCUGCUGCGGCUGCCGCCGUUCCUCGUCAAGCCGCAGCACACGUACGUGGUCAGGGUGGGAAGGACGUGCAAGAUCACCUACCGCUGCGGCGGCGUCUAGCUUAGCUAGCUAGCCCCAUGCCGCCGCCGGCCAUCCGCCGCUCGUGGCCGGAGUUCCAUUAACUGCGGUCACGUGCGCCCGUGUUUCUUUUAAGAUUACAUGCUUGGUCAUUUUGUUCACGUAGGGGAUAUAUAUAUAUAUUAGGUACGGUAGUUUCUACUUGUGGGGUGUGUUUUGAUCUACAUAUUUGUGGUUGCAAUGUUGGCUGUCCAUCAGUAGUUUUGAAGGAUAAUAUGAUGUAGUCCCAGCAAAAUUUUUCUACUACAUGUUAAUAACGGCCGUCUGCCAGACACUGAUUUAUU